UGUUCACAUAUAAAACCAGGUGGUAGUCUUUUGCUUGAGAUCUCAAAAACCAAAAAAUAAAGCCUAACCAUUCACAAAUCUCCCCUCCAAAACUUCAAACCCUUCUUCUGCUGCUUCUUCUUAACUCCUACGUUCCACCCACCACACACGAAUAUAUAUAAAAGAAGCCCCCUCUUUUCCUUUCUUUCCUCGUCCAUCUCUUUCGUAGACAUUCUCCCCAGCAUUCCCCAUCUCCCCCAAAAGAAAAACAGAGAAAACAGAGUACGCAGAAAACAGAGCAGGAUGAUGCGCUUCUGUCUCCGGCCGCUUCUGUUUACCUUUCUCAUCGUAUUGCUGGUUGCAAUGUUUGCUCCGAUGAGGAUAGACGCGAUUCGGACUACUGGAUUCUCCGCUCCAUCGACGGCGACCCAGCAGCUGUUCCGACCAGGAGAUCAAGUACAGUACCCUGCUGUCGCCGGAGGGGCAGGGUUUCGGUCGGAGAAGCGGCGGGUUCCGACCGGGUCAAACCCAUUGCACAACAAGCGACGAUGAUUUCAUCAAGAGCCAGAAUUUUCAGCAGAGGUUUUAGCACUUAGCACUUCCUAAUUAAAAAAAAAAAAUUUCUUUCUCUUUUUGGUGGGGUGUUCUUUCCUCCCCAUGAAAACGAGAACCUCGAUCUUCUAGCUGGCUGGAUAUAUUAAAUUGAAUUUUUGUAGGCAGUAUAUAUAUAUAGCAUAUAUAUUGUUUCUUUUGUGUUUGUACAUAAGGUUUGAGAUAUUUGCAAUUGUUAGUUUCAGAAAAUCAUGAACUUAGAUAAGUCUAUAUACAGAGCUUUGUUGAUUUCUCUGUUCUGUAAGUAAGUCUUUCUUUCCAGUUUUCUGAAGUGUUUUCUUACAAUUAAUUACUAUUCAAUUG